UCAGUGUCCAUCCAUGGGGAGGAGUGGAUUGGAUUGGAUCUAGGUUGUUUAAAUUCUGCUAAGGUUAACCUACCAAUUUAAUCUUUAUAAUUUUACUUAGGUACUGUCGCAUAACCAAAUUCAACUACAAUAAUAAUUUGAGUGUUUUAAGAUAUUACAUAAAGUUUAAGUAAUGGCUUCGUUUUCACGUUUGCAAAAAAUAGCGUUGUUAAGUCUGGGUGCCGUCGGAGGCAGCUUGGCUUAUUAUCAUGUAAAUAGUGAGAAAAAAGAAGGAAAAUUCGGUGUGUACAACUCAUGGACUACGAAUUAUACCCCCAGCGUGAAAUGGGAGAAAAAUUGGGAUCAUCGUGAACCAGAAUCAAUAGUAAGGCCCGAGAAGACAAAUAAACCAGAUGAUGACAACCGUUACAAUGAGCAGAUAGAUAAAGCAAGAAGUAAAGCAGUGAGGCAUCUGUUUCUCAUCAGACAUGGGCAGUAUAACCUAGAUGGCGUCACCGAUAAGGAAAGAACACUAACUGAAUUAGGUAGAAAGCAAGCAGACCUAACCGGCCAGAGGUUAGCAUGCUUAGACAUCAAAUGGGACUUGCUAGUGCGGUCGACCAUGACCCGUGCACAGGAGACAGCGGCCAUUAUCGCUAAGCACUUGGACAAAAACUUGGAGAUCAAAGACUGCCAGUUGCUUGAGGAAGGGGCUCCUAUACCGCCCGAACCUCCCGUUGGACAUUGGAGGCCAGAACCUAAACAGUUCUUCCAGGAUAGCGCGCGGAUAGAGGCGGCGUUCAGACGGUACUUCUACAGGGCGCCGCCGGAGCAGGUCAAUGACACCUACACGCUGCUGGUCUGCCAUGCGAAUGUCAUCCGCUUCUUUGUGUGCAAAGCGCUCCAGUUCCCUCCUGAAGCGUGGUUGCGGAUAUCCCUGAACCACGGCUCCAUCACGUGGGUCUCCAUCAUGCCAAAUGGCAACGUCGUGCUCCGCUCCCUGAGCGACACCGGACACAUGGAGCCCAAGUAUAUCACCAGCCGGUAAAGCUGUUUAGGUAUAAUGUAACAUAUAGUGGAUUUGCAUUUUAGAUAGCUCAUUCGAUGCCUUCUACGUAUUGUGGAAUUGCGGAUGCUGUGUCGCUCCAAAUUUGACAUUUUCAACAAAACAUGAACAAAACUUUAAUAUAGAUAUAGUUAUUAUUGACUUUCUCGUCAGACCAUAAACUAAAAUAUGUUAUAUGUCGGUUUUGUAAAGUUAUUUGGAAAUCAAAAUCACUUUAGUAAUUAAGAUUUAUUUGAAAAUGUAUAUAUUAAUUAUAUGCGUAUUCUUUAAUGACACAAAAAUCAAUGUGGAAUUUUUUACGUUUCGCAAAAUAGAUUACAAAAGUGAAAUCCAAUUUUUGUCAUACAAUAUCAACAUAAUAAUUAGGAGGCAUCGUGUUGUUGAAGUAAAGUUAGCAUUAGAGAAAGCAAAUAGAUAUUGAUAUAUCACCAGAUGUAUAAUUGUAACCCAUCUAUCAAGGGUAUCGCAUUUUAGCUAGAUAAAUUUUGAAGUAACGUUUCAUUUUGACAUUGAAGAAAUUCUAUCGUAUACCUAGUCUUUUUUUUUUCUAAAAAUUAUAUUAACUUAUUUCACAUCUUUAGGCGAAAUACAAUCGGUUCAACUUCUACGUCUACUUGUUCACCUUUGCAUUCUUUUUUGUCUAUUUUCUGAGCGGUUCUCAGCCGUUGACCUUCCUACAUUUUCGUCUCCACUUCACUUGGUCGUCGACAUAGUCCCUGGUCGUCAGGCUAUUGGCACGCAUAUAAUUCUUAAUUUCGAUUUUUUACUGCAUAUUUUAUACAUUGACAAUUAGUUACGUACGUCAUUAUAUUAAAAUGUCAUUCAAAAGGUAUGAGGCUUAUAUACACAUAAUAAGUAAUGUCUAUAUGUAAAACUGAUUAAUAUAAUGAUUUUGUACAAUAAGCACUGUUACACUAGUAUUUCUUCAACGUCAAAAGAGGCACCAUUUAGUUUGAUUGUAUAAAAAUUUGUGACCAAUGUAAUGUUUGUGCCAACAUUGGACGAAAAAUUGUGAGGCUUGUCGCGCACUGGUCAUAUUGAUUGAAGUAUUUCAUUCACAAAUUUGCAAAUAACUUGAAAUAUAAAUUAUAUUUUUUAAAUGAUGGAAUGCAAAAAGAUUGAUUGAUUUAGGCUGAAAUUAGCGUUUAAAAUUAUUGUUCUUUUGUACUUAAUUUGUAAUAUUACAGAUUACAUUUAACUUGAAGUAUCGUUAACUUGAAAUGAGCAUUUAAUUGUUUUCCUUUAGUGUUGUUAUUUUUUUAAAUGUCAUUGUCAAUUCAAUACUGAUCAGUGCGUAACUUAAACAUUUGAUGCUCAAAAUUACAAUACUAAAAUUUACUUGUAAUAUGAAUUUAUUAUCGGCCGUGAUUCAAUUGUAUAUUAAUGUAGAUUUUGAAAAUCAACGCGAACUUUACAUAAGUAGGUACGUUUAAUUUAGUUUUAUUUUAAAAUGUAAUUUUGUUUUACAGUGCCUUCCAUAGUAGUGUUCAUAUCUUAGUCAAUUUUAGACGAUAAUGUUAUAAUAAUGAAAAAUGUUUUAUUAUAUAAUACAUACUCGUAUAUUGUUAUUGAGUUAACAACAUAAUAGUACUAGUGGUUUGCUUUGAUGUGAUAAAAAAUAUUUCAUUUGAAAACACCGUAGAAGUAAAAAAAAUACUUACAAGUUUGUAUUAAUAGUUACUACCUACCCAAUACCACUAUUAUUUUGUUUUUUUGUCCCACUGGUGGGCAAAACCCGGUUAAAAACUUGAGAAUUGUGUAUAUAUAAAUUACGUUUUAAAACACGAAACGCGAACGCGCGAAAACGUAAUUUUUAAGAUCUAGUCUAACUCUUUAGCGAAUUUCAUCAAAAUUAGCCUAUUAUUGAGUUUAUCCGUUGCAAAAAAAAAUCUCCUAAUAAUAUUAUUAUAGAAGUAAUGUUUUACGCAGUGUUUGAAAUAGAGGUUUCUUUUAAAAUUCAAUAUCAAACAAACAUAAUUAAAUAGUUAAUAUAAACAUAAUUAAUAGCAAUAGUCUAAUCUUAUUUCUACUUUAAAACGGCAAUCGAUAAUUCUAAUUUUAACUUUAAAACUUCUCAUCGGAAAAAGUGACAUUAAAAUUUCGUAUGAUUGCUAAAUUGCAUGAGUCAGUUAGUCAAUGGACCUAAAGUGAUCCUAAUGACGUUGAGAUUGGGUUUUUGUGAUUUCAAUUAAGGCCCACAAAAGAAUGUCCGUACACGUAUUAAUGUUAGUACUAUUGUAACUCAAUUAUAUGAGAAUAGCCCACUCGAUACUAAUCGAAAAAAUUGUGACAGAAUAAAUCUAAUGACAACAAUCGAAAUGGAAAUAAGAAUCGCGCUUCCAGUCUGUUUAUAAACAGUAAAAAAUUUUUUACCGAACUACAUUUUUACCAUUGCAAUACGUAAUAAAAUUAUUAUUUGAUAAUCAGUCUCGUUCUUUAGUGUAAAAAAAUAAAUACAUUAUUUAUUUAACUCAGCCUUAAAUACCUAAGUAAACAACUAUCCAACGUAUUUUUGUACGAUUUUUACUAAUAGAAAGUGUGAUUUCUGAGGAAGGUUUACAAUAUAAGUUUCAAUAGGUCUUUCAGGCCAAAUAUAGCGUUCUGGGCAUAUAGUAAAUUAAAAAAGUUCUCGAUUAAAACAUAAUUUACUAACAGGAAUACGGAACCAUUCCGAAGGACCUAUCUCACUGAACGUACUUGUGAAGAAACCCGGCUGCUUAAGCAAGUUGAAUCGUGUGCAUAAACAAAUAUUUUCUUUUAUAAGUAGAAAGCCUUUGUGUUGUGCGAUGUAGGGGUUUUUAUUUUUUUGUACUGAAUAUUACUUAUUUACUGCUGUAUUUUUGUUGAUUUUUUUUAAUAUUUCGUCUUUUCAAUUUGUAUAUAACCAGCUGAAUGUUUUUCCUUCAGUAAAACUACGUACAACGUCUGAACAAAUCUGAAUUUUUAUAUGAAGAUAUGUUUGAAAUAAAUAAAUAUUUUUAUUUAAUACGAGUUUGAACACUAGCCCCAUUACACAUAAAAAAUUGAAGGCAUACAUUAUGCUAACGUACGUUUUGUCUUUUUUUUUAAAUGUCAAAUAUCGUGACAAAACGUACUUUAGGUUAAAGUAUGCUUUAACUUAUUUAUGAAUAACGGGGUUAAUGAACUACGAUUUGACUUUACAUACAUCAGUCAAUUUUCACUUUUUUUAAAUAUGUGCAGAAAUAAGAUCAAUGUGAAGAAGAAGACUGUGUCUGAGACAAGUUUUUGUUUCAUUAAAAAACUUGCUUAGAUUUUGCUAAUUUCAAGUGAACAAAAUUGUUAGUAUAGUUUUCAUAUCGAUAUAAACAACUCUAAAAUUGUAUGUUAUUUAUUUCCUUACUUGUGUACAUGUGUCAAAAUAUAAUUCUACUGCCAAA